AUUAAGUCUUAGAAAUUGGAAACUUAGCAACAACUUCUUUGUGGCAAUAUUUUCAUGAUAGAGUAGACCAAAGCCGAAACGUGUUAAAUUUUGAGGCCAAAAAAAAACAAAACAAGAAGAAGGAAGACACGAGUCUAAUAAUAAACAAUGCGUUUGCAUAAACUUGAAAACGAGUGAUCAAAAGAAACGUCUCAAGAGUGGAUAUCAAAACUAGAAUCUUCUAAGUUGACCAACGACUCGAGUCCGUCCACAUGGCAGCCUUUUCUAUAGUCUCUCAACGUUGAAUAAACCCGACUCGUUCGUUCGUUAUCCAAAGGUCAAAUUUAGAGAUAUACGUUAGGAGACUCUUUCACAAAUGUUUCAACGUUACCGACACGUAACCAUAAACUCACCGAACACCGUCUUUCACGUUUUGUUUAUAUAAAGAUAAAUUAUACUACGAAGGAUGAGUCGUCUCUCUGAAAUCACAAAACCCUUUAGUUUAUAUUUUUGGAGUUGAGACUAAACUCGGCGUUGCCCACCAAACCUAACUUCGCUUCUACUUCACACAAAGCUCGUGUCCUCCUGUCUUGGUACACACAAGAACAUAUAUAGUUUAUAUAAAGAGGUACGGUUCUCUUUGUUUCAGUGUAAGUUUGAUCUCUCGAGUUUGUGUAAUAAUAAAAAUGGAGAACAAGGUCAAUAACGGAAACGAGGAUGGUCCAAUAAUACAUAGCCAAGUGGUGAAGAUAAAGAAAGAGUUUGAGAAGAUUAGCCAACCGUCGUUGCAGCAGCCGGAGAUGAGGAGGGUUCUUAGCGAGAUCAAGAGGCGUCAACGUUCACGUUCUCCUCUCGGUCUUGGUGAGAGAUCUAUUUCCGUUGAGAAUUGACUUGAUCCAUAGCUGUUGACUUUGUAAUCCAGAGAGAGAGAGAGAGAGAGAGAGAGAGAGAGAUUUUGUUGUAUAUAUUUUGGUAUGUAAAUACUCUUUUGGUAUGAAUAUGAUGGAUACGUCUUCCCCUCUUUAUGCUC